AUGUCGGCUCUUUCUUUCCCUGGAUUGAUUUAUGACCCCCUCGGCUGGACUGCUCCUCGUCUUUUAAGCGUGAGCGCUAAGGCUUCUUCCUCAACCGUUAAUUGCUUUCUUAUCAGCGUCCAAAAAACAACAAAGUACAAGAUGUCCAGACUUCGUUUAGUUAUCAAUGCAGAUGACUUUGGUUACAGCCAAGAAAGAGACGAAGGCAUCGUCCAGUGUAUCCAGAGCCGUUUAGUGACCAGUUGUUCCUUGCUACCCAAUGGACUGACCGCUAAAACAGCGGCGGCUUCAUUGAUUUCGUUAGCUUCCGACUUUGACGUGUCAUUAGGACUUCAUUUGAACCUGACCGAGGGUCGUCCAAUUGGAUCCACUUACGACAGUCUGCUUGACUCUAAUGGUGAAUUUCUGGAUAAGGGUACAUUUCGGCAAGCAGCGCUUGAAGGGCGAAUUGAUUUUAGAGAGGUGAGGGAAGAAAUCAACAAACAGAUUGGCACAUUUGAAAAAAUCUGUGGGACACGACCGUGUCAUGUUGAUGGGCACCAACAUGUUCAUGUGAUUACAGGUGUUUGUGAAGCCUUGGCACAAGCAAUGUCGGAAAAGGACAUUGAUGUUGUACGAAUUCCAGUUGAGAAGGACCUUGAGAAAGCUACAUGGCUUGAAAAGGAUCUCAUGGAAUUCUUUAAGAAUGUUAUCCAGGAUUCUUCAGCUGCAAAGCCAAUCUUCCAGAAAUAUGGUAUCUUUUUCACUGACUCAUUUCUUGGUUUGACUACAAUGGGCAAACACAUGACCAUUCAACGAUUGCAGGACCUCCUUAAACCUCUGACCUCUACGCUGACCUCCCAAGUUUGGUUGAAGAGUCCACCAACAUCUGAGAAACCUAAACAUUUUGACGAGAUGGCUACUGGAUUCAUCCUUUCAAAGUUUUUCUUUUUUCAUUUCUUUUCUAUUUUUAUUUCAAUCUUUUUUCUUUUUUCUUUUAUCUUUUUCUUUUUUUAUUUUUCAUUUUUUUUUUCUUUCUUUCCUUUUCUUUCCUUCUUUUCUUUUCUUUUUCAUUCUUUUCUCUUUUUUUCUUUCUUUUUUUUUUUUUCUUUUUCUUUCUUUUCUUUUCUCUUUCAAAAUUUUUCUUUUUUUCUUUUUCAUUUUUCUCUUUCUUUCUCUCUUUUUUCUUUUUUCAAAAUUUUUUUCUUUAAAAAACUUUUUUUUUUUCAAAAAAAAAAAAAAUUUUUCUUCUUUUCUUUCAUCUUUUCUUUUUUUUUCUUUUUUUUCUUUUUUCUUUUUUUUUCUUUCUUUUUUUUUUUUCUUUUUCUCUUUUUUUCUUUUUUUCUCUUUUCUUUUUUUUUUCUUUCUUUUUUCUUUUUCUCUCUUUUUAUUUUUCUUUCUUUUCUUUUUUAUCCUUUCUUCUCUUUUUUUUUCUUUUUUCACUCUCUUUUUUUCUUUUUCUUUUUUUUUUUCUCUCUUUUUUUUUUCUUUUUCUUUUUUUUUUUUUUUUUUCUCUCUUUCUCUUUCUUUUUUUUCUUUUCUCUUUCUUUUUCUUUCAUUCUUUUCUCUUUUUCUUUUUCUUUUUUCUUUUUUUUUUUCUCUUUUUUCUUUCUUUUUUUUUUAUCUUUUCUCUUUUUUUUUUUUUUCUUUUUUUCAUUUCUCUUUUCUUUUUUUUUUUUUUUCUCAUUCUUUUCAUUUUCUCUCUUUUUCUUUUUUUCUUUUUCUUUUUUUUUUCUUUCUCUUUUUUUUUUUUUUUCUUUUUUUUUUUUUUCUCUUUUUUUUUUCCCUAUUUUCUCUCUUUUUUUUUUUCUCACCUUUCAUUUCUUUUCUUUUUCUCUUUUCUUUUCUUUUCUCUUUCUUUCUUUUUUCUUUUUCUCAUUUCUCUUCUUUCUCUUUUUUUUUCUCAAAAAAAAAAAAUCUUCUUUCUUUUCUCUUCUUUUCUUUUUUUUCUUUUCUCUUUCUUCUUUUCUUCUUUUCUCAUUUUUUCUCUUCUCUUUUUUUUUUCCUCUAUUUUUCUUUAUCUCUCUUUUCUUUCUUUCUUUCAAUGGUUUUCUCUCUUUUUUUCUCUUUUCUCAUUUCACUUUCUCUCUCUUCUCUUUCUCUUUCAUUUUUUCUCUUUUUCUUUUUUCUUUUUCCUAUCAUUUCUCUCUCUUCUUUUCUCACUAUCUGUCUUUCUCUCUUUUGAAUUUUUUUCUUUUCCUCAAUUUCUCUCUUUCUUUUUUUCACUUUUUUUCAGUUCUUCUUUCUUUUUUUUUUUCUUUUCUCUCUUUUUCUUUUUCUCUUUUUCUCUUUUUCUCUUUUCUUUCUUUCCCUUUCUCUUUCUCUCUUUUCUUUUUUCUCUUUCUAUCAUUUCUCUUUUCUCUUUUUCUUUUUUCUUUCUUUCUCUUUUUUUUUCUUCUAUUUUUCUCUUUCUUCUUUUUUCUCUUUUCUCUCUUUCUCUCUAAAUUUUUUUUUUCUUUUCUCUUCUCUUUUCUUUCUUUUCUUUCUCAUUGA